AGCGACUUCCUGUGUUUCCUCGGUUGCCUGGUGAUAGGGGUGACAGGGUCAUUCUCCUGACAUCAGCACAGAGACGCCCAGCAGCAAUUGGUGGAGAGCGGGGUAGGCGGGUGCAUAGCUGAGGCGGGGAAACGGUUUGAAGCUUGAUUCCAUCUAUCCCGCUUCCGGUCCUGUACAGCUGCAGCCGUCUAUGUUCCAUCCGUUACUGACAACUACCAGCAGAUUUGCCUGUCUGCUUCAUAGAACAACAUGACCACUAUGGACAGGUACAAAGAUAUGGGAUUACAACAGCGUGGAACAGCUGUUGGACUUCAACAUACUGGGAGUUCUUACUACACAGAUUGGCAGACUCCUCAACUGUCAGGAAAAUCCCUUAGUCGAGUUGUGGUAGCUCACGGGAUCAAAAAUGGUGGUGGUUUCCCAGAAGGAAAUCUUUGUUCUGAAACUGAACAAGACUCGUGUAAUGCCAGCGGUAGUACUUCUUUUCAACCAAUUAGAAGACAGGUUACCAUCCCCACAGCUCAUGUUGUACCUUCCACCUUGGCACCCUCUUCCAAUAGCAUGCAAGUGCAUGUAAAAUCCCCUGUUUCUACAGAAUUUCCCUUUCUGCCCAUGUCAGACCCCUCAACAGUUGAAGACAAUAGGAAGUUUGAAACACCCAAUAUUGAACCUACUUUGAACCAAUCUGGUCUUCUAAAUGUUUUAUGCCCAGAGGGUAGAAAUGAUGUCUCUACAGGAACCAUAAACUCAGAGGUUGAACCAUACAGAAGUCUUCCUGAGAGCACAGAAUUUGGAGGAAGGGAUCACACUCGCAGGGCUGUGACCCUGGCCACCACAAGUCUCCGGAGUCAGGGGUGGAGACCAGAUACGUACAGUCUGCAGCCAGGGGCUGAAUACAGUGCCUGGAAGCUCCAACAACAACAGUAUACAGAUAACUUGAGAAUGAGGAUGGAGAGACUGCAGCUUGAGAGAGACUUCUCUACGACCCCUGCAUAUCCUGUAGGACUUCAUCAAGUACCAAGUGAGUGGGAGAGGGCUGUAAAGGCUAGUGAGACUGUUCUGAUGGAAAAGGAGAUGCUACUGGAGAGGCAGCGGCAGCACAUUUCACAGCUGGAACAGAGACUACGGCAGAGUGAGGUGCAGAUACACAGCACACUGCUUAGCCAGUCCAGUCCUUACAAUGACAUGUGCAUAAUCAGGUUGCAGGACUUGCAGCGGGAGGUUACAUUCCUGCGUGCUCAGUUUGCAGAUAAAACUGAUUCCUCUAACCAAGAAAAGGCAGAGUUGGAGAAGAAACUGUGUGCACAUGAGGCUGAAAGUAGAGGCUUGAGAGAGGCUGUGAAGGAGGCAGCCCAAAAACACGCAGAAGAAUUGAAAAAGCAGGAUGAGCGAGUGAAAGGAAGAGAGCGGCAUAUUAAUUCCUUGAAAAAGAAAUGUCAGAAAGAAGCAGAACAGAAUAAAGAAAAGCAGCAAAGGAUCGAGACACUGGAGAGAUACCUGGCUGACCUGCCCACUGUGCAGGACCACCAUAGACAACUCCAGGAGAUGAAAGAACUACAAGAGAAGAACUGCCUCCUGCAGGCACAAGUGAGUGAUCUGGAGAGAAAACUGGGGGAAGCAAGAGCAAGCUACAGGGAAAAUGAUGCCCAGCUUGCAGCAGAGAAACUCCAAGGACAGAAGUAUCUGAAUACUAUUGAAAGCUUGCAGAAGGAACUAAAGAAGCUGGAAACCGCAUAUUGGAGAGAGGAGGAAAAGCGCCUGACUGAAGAGGCAGAGACUUUACGGCGAGAAGUAGAAACUCUAUAUAAGGAACAAGAAUGCAUGAAAAAGGUGGUUGAAAGUCAAAAGAAAAAGAUGGAGCAGAUGUGCACUAAAGUGAAGGAUUUGGAAGAGCAGGUAUGUCAGGAAGAGGGUACUGGACAGGCCUUAAAGGAAGAAUCUCAACAGAAAGAAGCUGCACUGCAGCAGUUAAAGGCAGCUGUGAAAGAGUUGGCAGUACAAAACCAGGACCUGAUGGAGCGCAAUGUCACACUGCAGGAGAAGCUGCACAUAGCUUCUGUUAAGACGCAGCCUGCCGAGGUGGAAGCCAGUCAACUUUUCACCCUUUAUAAAGAGAUGAAUCAUUGUCAGAAGGAUCUGAGAUCUAUCUGCUGCCUGCUGAGUCAGAGGGUACAAGGUGCAGACCCCAAUCUGUCCAUGUUACUGGGAAUACACUCUGUUUCCGUUCUGGAUGAUCAGGAGGAGGCUCUGGAUUUAUUCUCUAUAGAAAGGUAUCUGAAUGGAGUAGCCCAAUUGAAGAGAGACAUAGAGGAACUGCGCACAACUAUUAGUGAUUGCUAUGCACAAGAUAUGGGCGACAACUGUAUUACACAGUGACUGGAACAUUAAGGACUUUGGUUUGUACCACACAGUGUUUGCUCUUAUGUGGUAGACAGCUGUUAGAAUGCAUUGUGCCUUAUGUGACAACUAAGGAAUAUUGCCUAAAGCCAUUCGCAAAGACAGUAGGGUGCAUUUCUUCUACAUGUUUAUAGAAAGAGAGAGCCUGAUACUCUUCCUAACUGGUUGUACCUGGAAUCUGUAUUUAUACUAGAUGUAAAAUGGUUAUUAUGUUUUGUCUGUUAAAUAAAGUACUUUGAAGCAUA